AUGGAAGAGAGUUUCGUUUUCCAGUGGAGCGAUAUCAGAUCUCUCUUGUCCAUCCUUCAGUGGUGGGCUUUCAAUGUCACCGUAAUCAUCGUCAACAAGUGGAUCUUCCAGAAAUUGGAUUUCAAGUUUCCCCUAUCAGUUUCAUGUGUCCACUUUAUCUGUUCAGCCAUUGGAGGAUAUGUGGUAAUUAAGGUGCUGAAGCUUAAGCCACUGAUAACUGUUGACCCUGAAGAUCGCUGGCGAAGAAUCUUCCCAAUGUCCUUUGUGUUCUGUAUUAACAUAGUGCUGGGGAAUGUGAGCCUACGAUACAUUCCAGUUUCUUUUAUGCAGACAAUAAAGUCAUUCACACCUGCCACCACAGUUGUUUUGCAAUGGCUGGUGUGGAGGAAGUAUUUUGACUGGCGUAUUUGGGCUUCUCUUAUACCCAUUGUUGGAGGGAUUCUUCUCACAUCUGUAACAGAGCUUAGUUUUAAUAUGUUUGGAUUUUGUGCUGCAUUAUUUGGCUGUCUGGCUACUUCUACAAAGACUAUUCUCGCAGAAUCUCUUCUGCAUGGAUACAAAUUUGACAGCAUAAACACAGUUUAUUAUAUGGCACCUUUUGCAACCAUGAUCUUGGCGCUUCCUGCCCUAUUACUUGAAGGCAAUGGAAUCCUUGAGUGGUUUAGUACCCAUCCAUAUCCGUGGUCAGCUGUCAUCAUUAUCUUUAGCUCCGGGGUCUUGGCUUUCUGUCUUAACUUCUCCAUUUUUUAUGUGAUUCACUCCACCACUGCUGUAACAUUUAAUGUUGCCGGAAAUCUUAAGGUUGCAGUUGCUGUCCUUGUUUCUUGGCUGAUAUUUAGGAACCCAAUUUCAUAUUUAAAUUCUGUUGGAUGUGCCGUGACUCUUGUGGGUUGUACAUUCUAUGGUUACGUGAGGCACAUGCUCUCCCAACAGCCACCAGUACCAGGAACUCCUCGGACCCCCAGGACUCCCAGGACCCCUCGGAGUAAGAUGGAGUUGCUUCCUCUUGUAAAUGAUAAAUUAGAAGAUAAGGUCUAG